UGGUGCAGUAGGCAGUGCCAUGAUGAGGUAAACAUACUCAGCUUAUUUGACAUCUGCAAACUGACUGACAUCUGUGUGUUCUGGGCUAAAUGGUUGAAAAUGUUAACACACAGCAUCAACCUCAGCAAGAAAUAAAGGGCAAGAAUCUGUGAAGGCAAAAAAAAAGAAGAAGAAAUAAUCAAGGUGCUUUGCGCUGAGCACAGCAGCUGAGAAUAACAAACAGGCCACUGCCUACCAGUGAUAUCAUCCUUAGAGGUUAAAAUGCUAAUCAUAGCCAGAAGUGCAUUUUAGAUGUUAAAGUGUCACCUUUCAUAUUGUUCAUCUGUGCUGGAGAUAUGAAGCAGUCACCUCUGGUAUGAUUAAGCAACUACAGUAUAGCCACAGGGUGACCAUGUGUGUGAACAGUUGCGUCAUAAUCCUUGACAUCUCCUUUUUCCGGUCACACUCUCUUCCGAUUAGAUCCCAUCCUUCAUGAUGUGUUAAGAUAAGAUGCUAAAGGGACUCAUAGUCAAGGAAAAUAUUUUAACCACAAGUCAGCACCAAACCCAGAUUAGAUUCUGCACAAUGCAAUAUAAACAAACAACAGGAAAGUUGACUAAAAGCAGAAAAGCUAAUCAAAUAUAAGCACUGAGUCUUUGUUUAAAUACACCGAAAGUGGACAGUGGUGGAUGCCCAUAAAAAACAUGGUCAGAGGUUCAAAUAUAAAAGUCAGCGUAUGUAUAUAUGGAUGCACUUCUUUCUAUGUGUAAGUAACCACCAACCUUCAGACUGGGAAAGGACCUGCUCUUUCUCCCGAGCCAAAAUAAUACUCAUAAUGAUAAUAACACAAUAAUAAUACUCAUUAAAAAAAGAAAAGAAAAGAAAGAAAAGCAGUUUAACAACAGUAACUGCAGAAGUAGUGACUUGUUACUUCCACCCUGAAAAACAAGAUCAGUGCCAGAGCAGAUUUUUUAUCUCACUGAGAGUUUCAGCCUUGAGAUUCCACAUCACUUUCAUGCUGAGCUUUUGAUCAGGACAUGCUUUUCCCUCACCAAGGCUGAAUGCAACUUUUGAACAACCUGUGGCCACUACAUACACUCCCUAUAUAAACCCCCUCAAAUUCCUCAGGUCACUCAUUUUCUGCCUUUGCCAACCAACUGAGGAGCAGUAACACAUCAUACAAUGCCGGCUGCUAGGUGUUUGGUGUCUCUCGUGGCGGUGCUAGUGGCUGCAGUGUGUGUGGCACAUGCACAGGAGAGGAUCAAGAUAUGUGGACGAGAGCUGAUACGUCUGGCCGUCUCAUCCUGCGGCAGCUCCCGGGCCAGGAGAAGCAUCCCGGAUUUAGGACUGGAAAAGAAUCAAUACGCUCCUCUCUGGGAGCAGAUCUCCUCCACAGAAGAGUACCUGACUUCAGGGACUGUACGCACGGCUUCAAGGGCAGAUGGAGAAAAGGACGCCGUCUCCUUGGCUCCUCACCUUCUGUCAUCACGGAUCAGGCGAACUGCUGGAAAAAUAUCUGAUAUUUGCUGUGAGAAAGGAUGUAGCAUGAAGGAGCUGAUACAGUUUUGCUAAAUGAAGCCGGUGGCAUAUCAGAACGAGUUAAGUGAUUAUCUUCAGAGUUUUGCUGGGUUUUCUUUUAGUGAUCCUGAAUGUACUUGGUGAUAUUUAUCUAUGACAUUUAACAGUAUCAAAGAUAAAACUGGAGUGCACACAGGAUUUUGUUAUUUGAUUUAUUGUUUUUAUCAAUGUAAAUAUAGUAUAUUAACUGAACCGAUAUUACUGGACAGUCAGUCCAUAAGAAAUCACAAAAGUCCCAGAAUCAAACCCUUAUUUUCUCAGACCUAACAAAGAUGACAAUAAAUAUUACUCCCAAUGAAGUGAAGGUUUCAGUUACUGCUUGUGUCCUAUACACUAAUCUGCAUCAACUGACCCAAAUCUUAGACAAUUAUGAUAAGUAAACAAAUGCAAAGCAUACAAAAAACUUCAGAUGCCAGAGAGCCAUUUUAACACUUGAGCUGUUUUUCUGCUGUAUAUGCAUACUGGUAUAUAUUAAGAUCCAUGUAAGUUUUGUUGUGAGCGCAGUUUAUUGGUGCCAAAGGAGCUAAAUCGGAUUGUGGCUAUUGGCCUAGCCAUUGAGCUAUUUAACAGAAAUAAUCUUUGUAACCCGGCCUGUGCCUCACACCGAGGAGUGUAUAAUUCUCUCAACAGAUAAUCAAAUGUGCCGCUGAUUAGCUGCCACUCUAUACUGCAGCCUGCGCCGAAUGACUCCUAAUAGCAAAUGAAAUCAGCCUACAGUGACUGAUUGGUUAAUUUGUUUUAAUUGAGGGAAGAAUGGAUUGUGCUGUACGUACGAUUUGUUUUUGCGUAAUUGGUUUUAUUUGCUGUGUUAUCAGACAAAGCGCGCAAAGAUGAAUGCUAAAAUUAGAUCAACUUGUUAGCAGAUUAUAUUGUUAGAAAGGUUUUAACUGCAGAUAAUCAGAGAACACAGCACACUAAUAAUGCCUGUAACAAUUGGCUUAAUCCAUCAAACAAUAAGGAAAUUAAAUUAGAAAUUUUGGGUUCAAACUGAUGGCAUGCAUUCAAGAUUUGUCAGCCAUCAUACUACAGUAUUAGUAGUAUGAUGGCCCAUGCUUAGAGUAAUGUGCAAAAGUCUUGAGCCACCCAUCAUUUCUUUAUAUUUUUCUUAGAAUUGACCAGA